UGUCUUUGACUAUCUGUGUUUCGGUUGCUAAACAACGCGAUAUACCUGUACAGGUUAGCUGACAGUUUCAUCCAGGAUCAGCAACCUCGGUGCGACAUAGUUGUGAGCGAUGAAGAAAAUGGCGGGUCUGUAUACCCCGCUUUGUCUACUGAUGAUAGUUUCAUGGACAUAUCUUGUUGAUUGCGCCGCUCCGGCAGAACUUACACUUGAUGUCAAUCUUAAAACUGGAUUUGAUGAGGUUGAAGUAUACAUUGGUGGUAUGACUAAAAUGGAGGUCAAAGUAGCAUUUCCGGUAGGAACGACGAGCGCCGUUAGUAUAGAGCUUUUGCCGUCUACAAAUGUGACAAUUAUGGCGUUAGGCGAAAUAAUAGUUACUGAUGCCUCUACAACAUAUGUCACGAAGACUGGUUCCAGUGCAAUAGUCCGGCACAUUACUGAUGAAACAUUAGGAAAAAAUGUACAACUGUCGACUCGUGCUGUGAUUGAUUUAGGAGACGUUACUGUCAGUAACAACGUUGGAGAUGAGGCCGACUAUGCUUAUCUUAUCACAUUUGAAUCGUUCGUUGUGUCCACAACCGGACUGACAGACAACGAGACACACUGGGUCAGUGCAGGUGUUGAAUAUGACAACAGUAAUAGUAUCUGGGUAGGACAGAUUGCCCACUACAUCAGAACUGCAACACAGGCCAAUGGGAAGACACCAGCUUUUUCCAUGGAAAAUGUGACAGAAAUAAAGAUGAUGUCUUUAACCCCAGUUGCAUUUGAAGCCUGGGUACCAUACCCAAACUCAUUCAUAGCUGUCGAAGCUAUAUCACUGUCAACUACGAACGAUCAUCUCCGUGUUGUGUCAUUGAAAUGUAUUGCAAGCGGCGGAACAACCAAUUACGAAUUCUAUGACACUACUAGCGCCGAGACAUUCUUGAACUAUCCAUUACUUCAGGCGUAUGGAGCAGACUGCGCAACAGAUCCAGGUGGAGCACGAAGACUUAGAGUACAACUUGGAAAUAUACCGAACAGGGGAUCACGAUUACCUGCGGCAGCUGGUGUAAUAGAUAAAAUAAAAUUUGAAGCCAUGGUACACAUGAAAUCAACUGCUAUCCUGUCAGAUGAAUACCCAUUUGGCGUUGGAGUAGAGAUAGACGGAUCGGAGGUCUGGGUAGCAACAAUGAACGUCACUGCUGCUGCAGCAGACCCGAUUGAUUUCCCUCUAGACAGCUUUACGGCUGUUAACGGCCUAUCAAAGGAGGUUGGAGAGGGGUUUCUUGCUACUGCUGUCAUAACCUUUGAAAAGAGAGGACUUGCUUCAGUUAUUUAUAAAGUGCAGUCGUCUAAAAAUGGAGGAGGAAUAUCCGGUAUUAUGAUAUCACAGGCUUAUGUUGAGAGUUCUGGGGCAAACAUUGAAUGUGCGUCUGUCACAACGACAUACGAAGCAUCUGUAGCAGAUGGAAUUGUGGACAUUGCAUAUAUUAACAUUACAGCCGCUAAUCAUGGUACUAAUAAUUCAGCAGUAAACACGGACGCCGACAAGAUACAUAUCAAUGUCGCUAUGGUGGGCAGUGUUGGCUACGCAGUAGACGGCCAGCAAUACGACGUCGUAAUGACUAUGCACGAUCCAGUGCCUGGGACACAUACACAAACUCUUACUUUCACUAUGAGCGGAACUGUUACAUAUGACACCAACUGUAACCACACUUUUGAAUUGACGAGCGAUUGUGGCGACAACCAGGUCAUCACAGAAGGUUCAACUUUUGACCUACUUUUGACAAUCACCACACAAAGAGGCUCGAAUCCGGAAAGUCUACAAAUUGAGUUUCCUAUUCCUUCUAAUGUUACUGACGGAACGUUUGUUGUCUGUGGAAUUGAAGUAGUAAAAAUGGGAAAGAACUUGGUAUGCUUCAAUCCUGUCCAGCUUGUUGAUAAUGCCAAUAAAACAACCCUUAGUGAUGGUACUUAUGAGUACGUUGCAAUGGACAUGAAGCCUGCAUGUAAUAUGCCCCUUUUUGAUGAUGAGGAAGAAGAUAAAUUGGUACUUCGAAUCAAGUCAAAAUUUAAUGAGGGAAUAAAUCUAACAAGAUCAGAGGACUAUUGGUUCGGAAUUGGUUCUAAAUACACAUCCACGCAAAUAUGGGUAGCUCAGUAUCCGCUUUCUGGACAGCCUAUAUACGACUUUGAAGGUCCAGCUAUCAUCACGCAUGUGAACAUUCUUAACAAUAUCAACGACAACUCCACAUUUCCAGGAAACUACUCUAUGACAAGAAGUUUUGAUGGUACUAGCUUCGAUACACUUCCAGUUGAAGUUGGUGCACCAUCGGAUAAUGGAACUCAUUCCAUAUAUCAAUUGACAAGUCCACUGAUUGCCAAAAAGGCAGGUCUAAUGACAGAAAACUGUAAUUCCAUGUGUGGUGUUGAUUACGACUUUACCUAUGUCUCACUCAAAGACUAUAUUGAUAUAUUCGGAGACGACAGCGAGCUAUUGAUAAACGACAUGAUAAACGUUUUUGACAACUCCUCUAGUACAUGCAUGAAUCUUCCUGUCCAGGGGAAUACUCCUCCAGUCUUUUGGGCAAGAAUCAAUACCACCAUCCUAAACAUCAAUCUACAGAGUUUUACAAUAACUGUUGAGGGCGAGGGAAUAUCAUGUGUUCGUCAUGGAGCAGACAAGGUCCUGCAGAUUUCUUACCCAGUGACAUCUUCUGUCGGCCGUUUCCAUGGUGAUGUUAAGUUCUGCAAGAAUACAAUGAGCACCACAGGAUCACCAAACACGUGUACAUACACGUGUAUGUGUCCAAAUCCGGCAGAGUGCUCCGAGAUCAUCAUAUUUCUGGCAAGUACUGUCGGUGCACCGUCCUGGAGGCUGUGUGGACUGACUGCAGAAAACAUAUAAUGAUCGAGAAAGACAGAAAGCAAGAAAGGAUGCAAGUUCGUUUUCUCAAGAAUGAUGGAAAAAAAUUCAUGGAAAUUUGAAGAUUUUUUUUUUUAAAUUUAUUUUAGAUAUUGUAUUCUCUGUUUUAAUGUUGCUUUUGUAAGAGUAAAGACAUUUUAGAGGGCAAAUGGUAGUGAAAGCAACUGUUUCUAAUAGUUCAUUUUAAAAAGAAAAUGUUUAUUUAGAAAUAUUUAAAAGAAUGAUUUGGGUCAUAUUUAUGCUAGUACUAAAACAAUAAAUAAAUAUUUCAAAAUUAGACUUUAUUAACUAUGUUCAGUACUAGUAUAUAGAUUUUAUGUUUAAGGUACAUACAGUUUCCUUUAUGUAAAACAUAUAUUCGAUCUUAGUUUACUAAAUAAAUUUAACGUACAUUUACCAAAGAGAAGAAAACACUUUAUUCAAUAAUUGCUUUGUAAUUCUACACCAAGUGAAUAUCUGUGAUAGUUAUUUUAUUUAUAAUAUUUGAUAUUUAAUGUUUAAUUGAUUAUUGUGUAGUAUGUUCAUAACCAUUAUUCAUUCCGCCAAGCUUUGCCAUUGUCUAGAAAUCUUGAAGACGGUUGAUAUGCAGUCGCUUAGCAAACUAUGUUGGUACCUGAGCCCCUAUGAAACGAAAAAGGUCCGGUACCAAAUAUUUUUCCCGAUUUUUUUUUCAAAUUAUGGUCAUUUGCAUUUGCGCCCACCUUUACUUAAAUUCGGAUUUUCUUAUACUUUGGCAAAUGGCGUAUUCCGGACAUAUGACACACCAUAAAUGUUCAUAGAUAUCUUAAAACUGCGAGGUUGAUCAAAUGUUGGAAUAUAAUUCAAAUUCAGUGCUUGUACUUGUUAAAACAUAUAGGAGGAUUGUCGUCACUAAAACCAAAAAUGUACCAAAGGAAAUGUCUUCAAUCAAAUUAAGUCAUUUUCAAUCAAAAAGUGGUUUUUUUAAAACAAGAUUUUUUUUCUUCAAAAUUGCCUUUCCUUCAAACGCAAUAUUAAAACGCUUAAUAACUUGAUAAUAUGGAUAAAUAUCAAAUUGUUGAAAAAUAUUCACAUCAGUAAUAUUUAAACAACUUCUCUUAUUUUUAUCCUGUGAACGUUAGAAAAUCCAAGGGUAAUUUAUCCGUAUUUUUUUUUGUAAAAAAUAUGGUUCUGUAAAAAUUUGAACUAAUUGCUGGUCAUUUGUAUCUUCUUCUAUUAAAACCAUUUUAAUUGUUGUAACAUGAAAAAUCAAUACGUUCUGAAUUUUGAAAACAAAGAAUCUUUUAAAAAAAUUGGCGACUUUUUUAAAAUUAUGUAGGACAAUGGGUUUACAUUUAACCACUAAAUUGAUUUUCCAACGUAAACGGCAUUUAUUUUUAGAUACAAAGGUUAAAAAACUUAGCUUUUAAUUUCAUUAUUUUCAUCACAUUUCUUUUGAGAUUUUGCAAUAAAAUAUUGAUCAUUAUACUAUUAGUUGUAAAUGUUGUUUUACUUGUUUUAUAUUAAUAUUAUCAUUUUAUAAUCGUGCUGCUAGAGAAAAAAGAAAAGUAAACUUAACUUUUCACUCGUAAAAAUGUAACAGAGUUCUUAACUUUACAAUGCAAAUUUGGUUGAAAGCAUUUGGAAAACUCUAAAUUCCACAAAUUUCAAGAAUUUCAUAGUUUUAAGAUGGAUUUGAUUUAUUUGUUUAGACUAAUGCACUCUAAAUAUGAACAGAUCUAUAUAACUUUUUUUAUAGUAGGUAUUUAUUUCAUAUAUGUACUAUUGAUGAUCAUGGUAAUAUAUAUAAAAAAAAAAAUAUGUUUUAUUAUAUUCGAAUUUGGAUGAAUAAGAUACAGUUAGAAAAUGACGAAUUGACUUUCCUAUUAAAAUGCACAAACAUAACUUAUAUUUCUUUUUGAAACUAACAUAUUAAACACUUAAUUUUCGUGAGCCAAUUAAUAUAGUACCGAUAUAUAAUGGUUAACGUUAGAUUUGCUCGAUGCCUGAUACAGAUGGAUUUUUGGUCCUUAAUGCUCUUCAACUUCGUACUUUAUUUGGCCUUUUGAACUUUUUUGGAUACAAGCGUCACUGAUGAGUUUUUUGUAGACGAAACGCGCGUCUGGCGUAUAUACAAAAUUAGGUCCUGGUAUCUAUGAUUAGUUUAUUGUAUAAUCAAUUGGAGCGAUCUUUCUUACAUUUUAUUUUUCAAAUCGCAUUUUUGAAUAAUGUGAGGGAGAUUGUUUUUCUUUAAUUUCAAUAACUGCAACAGCAGACAACAAACAUUUGCCCAUAUAUUUGCAUAUUUGAAUAUUUUAACUUUUAACUGAUCGUUUAUCAAACAAAACAAAUUUUGCAGGCGAUUAAUAUUAUGAACAAACAAUUAAGUUAUUAUCUUUAAAUAGAUACAUACUAGUAUUUAAUUGAUCCGUUUCACGAAGUGUGCAAUAUCAAGAAAAAUAAUAUUAUUUUUUUACAAUGAUAUUUUUUUUGUAUCUGUGAUGAUAUCUGUGAUUAUAUUUUUCUAUGUAUAUGUUAAAAUUUACUGCUGUAUCUGUUUUCAUAUUUUCUAGUUCGGUUUUACAAUAAAUAU